AUGAUACACGGAAAUCGUGCUUCGCGUGGACGAAGAUCUACGACGAUCGAUGAAAAUGACAGCUACGUGAAACGGGGCAGUACACCGUCGCAGAAACGAUGGACCAGCUCAGAAGAGUCCGGCCGAUCCUACAACCGGAAUAUCAAAACAAGUUUUUUCGGGAAACAAGACAACACCGAAGAUACAGAAACUAUCUCCGAGUCGCCAGAUGUUAAGAGUAAUGUUAAGUCUCGUAGAACUGAGGGACAUGUUCAUGGAAAAGCGCGUUACUCUGACAUUCGCGAGAGCGAAGAAAGAACUACAUCGAGAUCUCUUGAAGGAAGAAGGAGGAAACGCAGUAAACGGAUCGAAAGACGAAAAUUUAGAGAACAGCCUCGCACGACAGAUCGCGAUCAUAAUCGAACCGACACCGGAUCUUCUAUAAAACAUUACAGUGAAGAAGAUAAUUUCACUGAUAAAUCGCGAAAAAGAAAAAAGAUUGUUUCCCGAGCGGACGAUCAUGAAGUACCUAUCACGGAAAUUUUGAAGAAAGCUCAAGAAAAUGUACGCACAAAGUAUGAGGAACCUGUGCCGCUGCCGGAAUUGACUACGGACACAAUUUAUAUUCAAGGCAGGAGUGGGUUUAGCGCUGUGAAAAUUGGCGGAUCGAGACGUGCUUUGAGAAAUGAUACGCCACGUGUAACAGAAGAUGGAAAGGAUCGCGAUUCCGCGGAAACUCAAAUGCACACGCUCAUAAAAGUGGCAAUCACUGCCCAGAAAUUUUGGAGGUGCACGGGACUAGUUUAUCAGGGUCUUUUGGGCGGAAUGGCACUUUUGCAUUUCAUUAUGAUUCAUAUCUUUUUCAACGCUUCGAUGGAAUUCAUAUCGAAAUAUUCAAUUUUUUCCGAAGUCUAUACAAAUAUAUUUUCCUUUUUAAUCGCUCUCUGUGUCAUCUCCAUCUUCGAUAAAUUCGAUUUGGCGCGACUUGAUAUGGAUCACUUACGUGAAAUCUAUAUGGAUCAUGCGAAAACGGCGAUCGCUAUUCCGCUUUAUCUACUAACGUUUAGCUUUCACCAAGCGUCGUUAAAGAUCGAUGAUCAAUUAGCUCUAAUGCAUUAUCGCAAUAUCAAUGAAACCAUGUGGUCAAACAAUACAGCGCAAGAAACUUUACUUGAAGAAUUACAGGGCUGGCAAAAGAUAACAAUGUCGAAAGAUCUUCUCGCAGUUUUUGCUUGGUUAUUCGUUGCUCUUGGAACGCGAGAUAAUAUGCUAUUGACGCAUCUCGAGUCGAUGGAGCAGUAUGCGAGCGACGCGGAAUCUCCUAGAUGACGUUUGAAAAACGAUUUCCGCUAUUAAACGAAACAAAUGUGUACAAAGUUCUUACGCGAUUAUACACAGACUAACUGUCGUAAAAUAUUGAAAUACAUCUUUUAAAAAAUAAUUAUUUAUUUAUUAUUUGAAUAUGUACUACUUACCGGGUCGAUCCGGAUGCAGAAGAUACAUCGGUACAAAUCUCGGAGAAGAGGGUAAGUACGAUUUAAACAUUUAUUCGUAACAGAAUAGCGUUUGAUAUGUACAAUAUGUAUAAAGUUCUUCUAGAUGCUAAUUGAUAAUACAUGUAUACAUAAUAGCAAAGAGGACAAUAAUAUAUAUAUAUAUAUAUAUUUUUUUUUUAAAGAUUAAAAUAACAUAUGACGUAAUAAUACAGUAGUAAAAUAUGUUUGGACUUUCUCGAGCGCUCGAUCUCGGCGGAAUCCGCAAUUGCAAGGAUGUAUAAUUGUCGACGAUUGGCUGCCAAAUAAUUUGUAUAUCAAAAUUUGCAACGAGAUACGGUAGAGAGAGACGCGCGCGAGAUGACAGUCGUCAUAGAUUUUCACAGAUUUCCGUAGCGCCGUAGCCUACGAUUGCGGAUUCGAGCGGCGCGUUUCCGUUGUAUAUACGAGAAAGGAAGCGUUUAUUAUAAAUAAUGUGCAAAGGCUUGUACUCAUUUGCGAAGCAACAGAUAAAUAUAUACAUGCCGUUUGUGUGAAAUUUAUUACAUGACUCUAAGGUCUCUCUUCCUUUUCUUUGUUUUUUUCUUU